AUGGACAUCCAGAAGCAGGAGGUGCGGGAGGCCGUGGAGCUGCCGCUUACCCACUUUGAUCUGUACAAACAGAUUGGCGUCGAUCCACCACGUGGUGUACUCAUGUAUGGACCACCAGGAACAGGAAAAACAAUGCUUGCCAAAGCAGUGGCUAAUGCCACGACAGCUGCUUUCAUCAGCGUCGUGGGCUCAGAGUUUGUGCAGAAAUACCUGGGCGAAGGUCCACGGAUGGUCCGAGACGUCUUCCGUCUGGCGAAAGAGAACUCGCCUGCGAUUGUCUUUAUUGAUGAAGUCGAUGCUAUUGCAACCAAGCGCUUUGAUGCCCAAACCGGAGCAGAUCGAGAAGUGCAACGGAUUUUGCUGGAGCUGCUCAACCAGAUGGACGGUUUCGACCAAGCAACGAACGUCAAGGUCAUCAUGGCCACGAACCGUGCCGACACGCUGGACCCGGCUCUGCUUCGUCCUGGUCGCUUGGACCGCAAGAUUGAAUUCCCGCUGCCGGAUCGACGACAAAAGCGUCUGAUCUACCAGGCUUGUACAGCAAAGAUGAAUCUCGGAGACGAGGUGGAUCUCGAAGAUUACGUAAAUCGUCCAGAGAAGAUCAGCUCGGCCGACAUUGCGUCAAUCUGCCAGGAAGCAGGUCUGCAAGCAGUGCGGAAGAAUCGCUACGUCGUGCUGCCCAAGGACUUUGAUAAGGGAUACAAGAAUGCCAUCAAGCAGGCAGACACGACGUUUGAAUUCUACCACUAA